UUGAAUAGACUACCCACUUUAUUUGAAGUCUUGAAUAGAAAAACACAACCUCCUGUUGAUCUAUGGUCUUUUUACAUCUUCAUGAGAGACAAUCAACAUGCUGUCGACUAUUUAGAUUUUUGGAUAGAUGUUGUCAGUCAUUUGGCUUUAUGCAAACAGUACGUCAAAUCUUUGAGAAAAUCUGUUAUUUUGGAAUCAAACCAUAACAAUUCAAGUAAUAGUCCAUUUUCCAAUACUGAAAACCAAAGAGGUUCGGUUACAUCGUCUGUCUUAUUAGAAGCUUUAAUUAAUGAUGGCAAUAUCAAUGAUAAACACCUUAAUAGAUUAUCCUCAUUUCUAAGAGGCGAUGAUACCUUCGAAGAUCCCCGGAUCUCCACUUUAGUACAAGAGUUUCAACAAUCCUCCAAUAAUCCAAACAAAAGAGACACAAUAAUUAAUGAACUAGAACAUAUUUACAACACAAAGAGAAACUCAUCUUCUACAUCUGAAAAACCAAAAACAUCAAACAUCAACAAAUCGGCUGUCUCCUUAACAUCUGGUCCCGCUGGUCUUCCAACUAUCUCACCUGAAAUGGUAGAGCAAAUGUUGAACGAUGAUGAUGAUUUUGAUAACUUUCAAAAUUUCAAAAAACCAGCUUCCAAUAAUGAUAUAAUGUUAGAUGAAAAAAAUCAAACUGUUACCAGAGAUGAUUUAAGACAAUCCUCUAGAAGAAUUUUAGUCACUUAUUUCAUCGACAAUUCAGAAAAAAGAUUGCUUCUUCCUGAAAGAAUCAUUCGUUCAAUUCGUCAUUCUAUAGAAAUCCAAGGCAGAGACGAUCCUGAGAUUUUUGAUGAAGCAAGAGAUUAUGUAUUUCAAGCAAUGGAAAGAGAAGCCUUUCCAAACUUUCUUAAAUACGCCGCUUUAAACAACAUCACUUUGAAAUCUUACAAUAUCAGAUUAAUAUCUGGUUUAUUCUGUUUUUUUUGUGCUUUUUGGACCGGUUAUACUUUGAUUUUUCUUGGUUAUGAUCCAAAAGACUCUCGUCCAGUUGUUACUGUUCCUUUUUUCUUAGGUUCUUAUUUAAUACUUUCAGCUUUGUUUAAAUUGGACCCUAUCUUAAGCUUUUGCAAAUAUUUUGAAACUACUAAUACUUAUAAUAACGACGAUGAUGAAAGCAGACAAUCAAAUUUUCCUUACUCUUCAGAACAUUCUAAUAGUUCCUUUAAUACUAAUUUUAUUACAAGAAGGCUUGGUCUAAUGAAGAUCAAAGAGUAUUAUGUUAGUCGCUUGUUGAUUCGUAGAGGCAUAUGGGUUCUAUUAUUGAUCUGUUUGUCUAGUGCUGGGUUUUCAAUACUUUUUUCUUUGGUUCCUGGUCAUCGUCUUUAA